UCGGGCUCCGUGGUGGUGCAGACGGCGCCCGGGCAGGUGGUCAGCCACCGAGGUGGCACUAUCGUCUUGCCCUGUCGCUACCACUACGAAGCGGCCGCCCACGGCCACGACGGCGUCCGCCUCAAGUGGACGAAGGUGGUGGACCCGCUGGCCUUCGCCGACGUCUUCGUGGCGCUGGGGUCCCAGCACCGGGCAUUUGGCAGCUACCGCGGGCGGGCUGAGCUGCAGAACCACGGGCCUGGGGACGCCUCACUGGUCCUGCGAAAUGUCACCCUCCAAGACUACGGGCGCUACGAGUGCGAGGUUACCAAUGAGUUGGAAGAUGACGCUGGCAUGGUCAAACUGGACCUGGAAGGCGUGGUCUUCCCCUACCACCCCCGUGGAGGCCGCUACAAGCUGACCUACGCAGAGGCACAGCGCGCGUGCGCUGAGCAGGACGGCAUCCUGGCGUCCGCAGAGCAGCUGCACGCAGCCUGGCGCGACGGCCUGGACUGGUGCAACUUCUCAGGAACUUCUAGCCAGGGGCCCGUGGGCCUAGGCCCAGACGGCACCCAGACAGGGCUGGACUUCCGGAGCCGCUGCCCACCCUCCGUCUGCACGCUAACUAGACGCCAGGCAGCCGCUGUGCACGCGCCCCCCGGGCAUCUCGGUUCCAGCCUGCAGAGCGGGCUCCGCCCUUGGAGCUGUGCGGGCUCCGAGAUCCCAGCCCAGCCUCCCCCGACCCCGCCCACACCUCCUUCCUUCCGGGGAGGGCGAUUUGUACCGCCAGGGCAGAACCCAGGCCGACGCCCGCAGGGAGAGCCAGCUCCUGAACUAGGUGGCGGGAGACCCCAGCUCUGA